CUGUGCGGGGACAUCAGGCAGAAACAGUUAGAGGUCUCUAAGAGCAGCUCAACAGAACAUGUACUAAGUGAUAUUGCCAUGCCAGAUCUAGUCAAUUCACCAUCAAGGGAGCUGAAGCACCUCAAUAUGGACACUGAGGACAAGAAGAUGGGAAGAUACGGGGGAGGAAACUUGAAGUCGCGGUGGCAGUGCAAAUCUUCUCAAAAAGCCGACAGUGAGGGACUUUGUUUUGAAGAGAUGUCCCAGUGGUCACAAUCACUGGAAAGACUUCUAUCCUCUAAAUGCGGAAUGAAAAUAUUCCAGGCCUUCCUGCAGUCAGAGUUCAGUGAUGAAAACCUGGAGUUUUGGGUUGUGUGUGAGGACUAUAAGAAGCUCAAGUCUUCCUUCAGGAUGUCCUCCAGGGCCAAGAAGAUCUUCAAACGCUACAUUCAAGCUGAGGCUCCCAGGGAGAUCAACAUUGAUCACAAGACCAGGGAGCUGAUCGGGUGGAACAUGCAGGUCCCUACAGCGCUGUGUUUCAACGAUGCCCAAAAGAUCGUCUACGGGUUAAUGGAGAGGGACUCAUAUCCACGUUUCCUAAAGUCUGAGAUUUACAGGACUUUACUGGGCUCCACAUCAGAGUCAGUGAGGAUGUAAAGUUAUAAAAUGUAGUCCAGAGACAUUUUAUGCAUGAAAGUUGGACUUUGAAGAAGUCUCUGGUGUUGGACUACCAAAAGGGACUCCCGCGCAUGCCUUCCUCAUGUGUUUGAAAAUGCUUUGGGCUUUGCUAUGAACUCAUAUGAUUCUCUGUGCAACAAGCAGGAAGGAUGAUUCAGAGCCAGAAAUUAUGUGUCCGGGCUCAAAUGACUCUGCAGGAGCAACUUGUGUGAAUUAAGCUGAAAAGUAAAAGACUUUCCGCCAAUACUAUGAUGUGCAAUGAAAAUGCUGGGGACUUUCUAUGCGUGACACCAGGAAGUUGGUGCAUGUGGUACAGACAGUACCUUCCCCCCAAACUGAAAGUUCACAUCAGACUGUUACGUGUGUGCAUCAUCUCUAACUUCAUUGUUUUCUCACAAAGAGCUAGAGACGAUCGAGAUGUGGAUUUGUGAUGCACAGCUUUAAAUGUUCCCAUCCUGUCAUCCGUGCUGGCACGCUGAUGACCUGGUAUAAGCUACCUGUUAAACCUAUAAAUCAGUGCAUGAAAACAUUUGUGACUGUUUAUAUUAAAAUGGAUUUGUGGUGUUUAAUAAAACAUAUAUGCAA